AUGGGUGACAAAGUUGGUAUGCAUAAUGCAAUGGAAUUUCACAGCAAGCGUGCAAUAACUUCCCUCUUUUCCAUACUAGAAGCGUGCCAAAUAGAAGCUUCCGAGGGGAGUUUGGAAAGAACAGUCGUUGACAAUUUUCAAAUCAAAGUCCUUUCUGAUUCUAUCUUUCACUCGCUCCGGUCUUUAUAUGCAAUAGCAUGGGAUUUGACUCAGGCACAGCUACUUAACUCUAUACAAUCUAUUAGUCCUACGUUGUUGCGUCAUAAUCAGACACUUGAGGCUAUUGUGAAGGGACAACGUCAAUAG